GUGUGGAACUGGGACAUCAUCAUGUCGCGCAGGAAACAAGCAAAGCCUCAACAUGUACAGUCGGAUCAUAAUUUGGCUUUAUCAGAACGCAUUGGGGACACACACGACAGUUUAGCGACUCCCCCCAUUUUGGUCUCUUGUACUCAUGUCUGCAGCAGAUGCUGUGCUGAGUUUGUUGAACUAUCAGAUCUGGAACUACAUGUCAGGGAUUGCUCUCCCAAUCAGUUAGUCCUGAUCGUCAAUGGUAAUGAAGAUCCAGUGUCGUCUGCUGAAAUGUUCCAUCUAGCCUUGUCGCCUCGUAAAGCAGUGGAACCAGGCGAAACAGUCAACAACUCUGAAAUGGAAGAGUGCGGUGAUCUGUCGGAGGAGAAGUCAGAAGUGAAGGAAGAAUCCAUGAAUGUUUCCAGAACUAAGAAUAGCCAUUGCCGGCUAGAUAGCCCCAGUAGCAUCAGUAGCAGCCGGAAAAGCAGUACAGACAGCAUGACUGACAUUGUUUCAUGUACCUCAGUUCUCCCAAUUUCACUACCUCAACCUGGCAGCGAUCUGUUGGAACAUCAGGGGACAUUCUCAUGGUUCAACAGCAAUGUCAUCUUUGAAAACCUAGAGAGCACUAAAGUGGCAGUGGCCCAGUUUCCCCAGCAGAGCCGAUCGGACACCGGCAGCAGUGGCAGCAGUAAGAUGGCUGUCUCAUCUCUGAUGGAACAACUCCUGGCCUUGCAGCUGCAUCAGAUCCAACAGCUGCAGCUGAUUGAUCAGAUUCGUCACCAGGUCUUACUAUUUGCUUCCCAGAGGUCUGAGGUAUCAGAGACACUGACACAAACACCCAUCAGCUGCCCUCAGGUUAGUCUAGCAUCAACGCAGGCCAGUCAGUUGACAACCCUCAGUUCCCAACUCUCCCAGCAGCUAGCUGCAGCUGCUGGGUUAGCCCAGAGUCUCGCCAGCCAGUCUGCCAGCAUCGGACACUUUAAACGAUUAACAGCAAAAGUACAAUUACCACAGAGCCACUUUAGAAGGAGUAUUGUGCACUCUAGCACUGAACCCUUACAAAGUAUACAUAAACACAUAGCUUCAGCAGUUAGCAAGCCCCACUCUAGAAAGAAGUACACUCCUGCUAGCGGUCUGCACCCUCAACUCAAUUUUUCAGCCCAAACCAUAAGGAGCUCACCGGCACUUGGCACAGGUAGCUCGCUAAACCGAUCAAAUACACCACGUCUACCUCAGCCACCACCUAGCAAUCAAACACUCUCUAGCGCUAGACCAAGCAUUGGCACAAUUGUGCAGGACCUGAAUGCCUUAAAGGUGCUAGCCGAACAAAGGAAAGGAAAACCACCCAAUGUGGCUUCUUUCAAACCCAAAAGCUCUUCCAAAGAGGCUUUCUUUAAACAUAAAUGCAGGUUUUGCUCUAAGGUUUUUGGAAGUGACAGUGCCUUACAGAUCCAUUUGCGAUCCCACACUGGGGAGAGGCCAUACAAGUGCAACAUCUGCGGGAAUCGUUUCUCCACCCGUGGGAACUUGAAGGUACACUUCCAGCGGCACAAAGAGAGGUUCCCCCAUAUCCAAAUGAACCCUUACCCUGUUCCAGAACACCUGGACAACAUCCCAAACAGCACAGGAAUCCCUUAUGGCAUGUUUAUGCCACCAGAAAAAACAGUUACAUGCUGGCAAGAUAGUAAACCAUCCCUAGCCACCUUGACUACUUCUGUAGGCCUGUUGCUCCAAACUGGAUCACCCAACUUACCCUUUCUCAUCAAGAAAGAGGAGCAGCCUGUUUCAAUAACUGCAUAUUCCAGUCCAGUUGUACGUGAUUCAUCUAGUCCAGUAAAGUCUACCAAGAGCGUAGACUUGAUAGAGGCUGGAAAAGUCCCAACGCUCCCCACCAUGAAUCUGAAAACAGACAACCUUAUACCUCCAUUGACCUUUAGCUCGAAGAUGAGCUCCACAACAGAAAGAUCAGCUGACUAUGUAUCUGCCAAUGUCACUUCCAACAGCACAAAUCCCAUUAAGUUGGAGCAGUUCAAGACCAAACAUCCCUUCAGAGGAGGAGUCCUUGAUCCCAUGCAGACAUCAGAGACCUUGAAACUCCAGCAGCUGGUUGAGAACAUUGACAAGAAGGUGACAGACCCCAAUGAGUGCGUCAUUUGCAACCGCAUACUCAGUUGUCAGAGCGCCCUCAAGAUGCACUACAUCACCCACACAGGAGAGCGGCCCUUCAGAUGUAAAGUGUGCGGUCGGGCGUUCUCCACCAAAGGGAACCUGAAGACGCACCAUGCGGUUCAUCGCACCACACCGCCACUGAGGGUCCACCACUCCUGCCCUAUCUGCCAGAGGAAGUUCACUAACGCUGUUGUCCUUCAGGAGCACAUCCGUAUGCAUAUGGGUUGCCAGAUUGCCAACACCCUUCUCUCUGAACAGAACUACCCAAUGUCAAGGGAGUCUGAUGGAGGUUCAAUAGAUGAGAGGAAAUUAGAAGAGUUGGAGAACCCUUCUGAUGAUAUAGACUUCAAUGACAGUGGGAUCGCAGGCAUGUCUAGGUUUAAUAACUCCUCGUCCGGCAGCAUAUCUUCCUCUCCAUCUGAUAGUACAGAAGCAGGCUCCUCUGAUGCCGAAAGGACAACUAACUAUCAUAGGCCAGUGGAGAAGAAGCAGGUCAACUGGCUUAAGUCAAAGGGAAUGGCUAAAGAGGAUCAGAAGGUCUAUGACUCGUCAUCUCUUGGAGGUGACCAAAGUGGUAGGAGCCUUGCUGUUUCUGAGAAUACCGUUGACAAGCAGUCUCUUUCCCAAAGCAAGAGUGUUCCAGUAUGUUCUAGCCACACAAGCUUUGAGGAAAUGUACCAGAAAGCUUUAUCCCAGGCACAUAUCACUGGCACUGGUCCUCUGGUGUCCCUUGACCACCUAAAAUCUUUAAACCCACUGAAGGAUCCCACUAACAUGGUCUACACUUUCCAUGAACAACUAGAAAUAUUCAAGAACACUGAAUGUGAUAUUUGUGGUAAGACCUUUGCCUGCCAAAGUGCCUUGGACAUCCAUUAUCGAAGCCAUACCAGGGAGAGACCAUUUAUUUGUACAGUGUGCAACAGAGGGUUUUCCACCAAGGGGAACCUCAAGCAGCACAUGCUAACACAUCAGAUGAGGGACCUGCCAUCCCAGUUGUUUGAGCCCACCACUCCCAGCCUUGCCUCCAGCCCCAACAACUCUGUACAUCCUCUGAGCUCCCAAAUGAUCAAGACAGAAGUGAACAGUUUCCUGGGUAGUGCCCGCUAUGGGGUACCAAGGGAUCUUCAAGGCAGUUUGAGUUUGAGGACGUCCUCUGCCUCUUCCUCCCCAGCGCUUGCCACACCGCCAGCUCGACGGACUCCCAAGCAGCAUUACUGCCACACUUGUGGGAAAACCUUCUCUUCUUCUAGUGCUCUGCAAAUCCACGAGAGGACUCACACUGGGGAGAAGCCGUUUGCCUGCACUGUCUGUGGUCGGGCAUUCACCACCAAAGGGAAUCUGAAGGUCCAUAUGGGAACUCACAUGUGGUGUAGCACCCCCACCAGGCGAGGACGCAGACUGUCUGUGGACGGACCAUUGACGUUUAUGGGAACUCAUCCUGUGAAGCUACCAGAGCCUCCCCAGAGGCCAGACAUUAGGUCCAGUAAUGGAGACUCCUUUUUUAUCUGGAACCACUGUACAGACUCCUUCUCCAAGAACUUGGCCAUGAGGACCAAUGAUAUCUCAGUCGGAGGUGGGCCUUACCUCUCUGGACCAAUGGGGCAUGGGACCAGCUCACCCAUAGGGGGCGUAAAUGUUGGUCGGGACAAAUUUCACCAUACAGAACACAAUGCUGCUCUUGCGCUGCCUGGUAAAGAUGAUACCAAAAGAGCGACUCACUUCUGUUUCACUCGUUUGAUAGAUGAGAGGAAGGAAAUGAUUACAAAUUAAAGAGACUGAAUAUUAUCUUAGGAGGAAAUGAACUGCGAUGUUGGAAUAAACAGAGUUUUUAGGAGUUUGUAUAUAAAUGAUAAUAACCUUAUUUGGAGUCAAGUGGCUAGGAAAGUCUCCUUGCUUUUCAGUGUGCUUAUUAGAGUUGGACUAUUUGUAUUACCUAUUCACAUGGGUAGAGUAGCAUACUGGUUGUGUACAGAUGUAGGGUCUUAAUUUGAGCCAGUUUGCUUCCUGCAGCGACAGGAAAUCUGAAUUAUUAUGUGGAUCAUAAUUAAUGGACAUUUUUUGUAGGGGUUGAUAGGGCAAAAACGUUCAAAUAGCUCUUCGUUAACUGUUGCUUGGUGUUAUCAACAAUCAUCAGCACCGGCCUGUACCCUACCUGGCCUAAACUCUCCUGGCCCCUUACACUAAGUCUGAAUUUGUCCUGCUAGGUGACCUAAACUGGGACAUGCUUAAACAACCUGACCAAGUCCUCAAGUAAUGGGACUCCCUACAUCUUUCUCAGUUUAUUACCAAUCCCACAAGGUAUGACUCCAAACACCCAGAAAAGGCUACUCUCCUUGAUGUUAUCCUCACAAAUAAUCUUGAUAGGUAUCAAGAUGGUGUUUUCUGUAAUGACCUUAGUGGUCACUGUUUUACAGCCUGUGUUCGUAAUGACUGCUCAGUGAAACGACCUGUCCUAAUUUGUCAUAGACGCUUGCUAGAAAACUUCCAUCAUGACCUGUCCUGGUACAGAACCAGCUUGAUCCCCUCUAUCGAAGACGAUUGGACCUUCUUUUUUUGAUAUUUUCAGUGAUAUUGUUAACAACCACGCCACUAUACAGAAAAUGAGAAUUAAAAACAGGUUCAGCCCCUGGUUCGACCUUGAUCUUGCAGAGUUACUUCACCUCAAGGCUCGGCACACACAUACUCAGGCUGACUGGCUCUCUUUCAGGCAAACGAGAAAUAAGUGCACUCAGGCCUUCGGGAAACCAAAGUUAGUUACUUUAAGCAGCAGUUCUCUCUCUGUGGGUCUAACAUCAAGAAGUUCUGGAAAACGGUUAAAGACCUGGAGAAUAAACCCUCCUCCUUACAGCUGUCCAUGUCCCUUAAAGUUGAUGUGGUUGUUACUGACAAGAAGCACAUGGCUGAGCUUUUUAAUUACCACUUCAUUAAGUCAGGAUUCCUUUUUGACUCAGCCAUGCCUCCUUGCCAGUCCAACAUUUACUAAUCUCCCAACCCUUCUAAUGUGACUAGCCCCGAUGCUCCUCCCUCUUUUUCCCCUGCCCCGCUACAAAGCUUCUGCCUGCAGGCGGUCUGCUAAAGAAGCUCCUUAAACUUGACCCCCAAAAAACAUAUGGGUCAGACGGUUUAGACCCUUUCUUCUUUAAGGUUGCUGCCCCUAUAAUCGCCAAGCCUGUCUCUGACCUUUUUACCUGCCUCUCCUCUCUGGGGAGGUUCCCAUUGCUUGGAAGGCAGCCACAGUUUGUCCUUUAUUUAGAGGGGGAGAUCAAGCUGAUCCUAACUGUUAUAGGCCUAUUUCUAUUUUGCCCUGUUUAUCAAAAGUGUUGGAAAAACAUGGCAAUAAUCAACUAACUGGCUUUCUUGAUGUCUAUAGUCUUCUCUCUGGUAUACAAUCUGGUUUCCGCUCAGGUUAUGGAUGUGUCACUGCAACCUUAAAUAUCUUUAAUGAUGUCACUAUUGCCCUUGACUCUAAGCAAUGUUGUGCUGCUAUUGACUUGGCCAAAGCUUUUGAUACGGUAGACCAUUCCAUUCUUGUGGGCCGGCUAAGGAGUAUUGGUGUCUCUGAGGGGUCUUUAGCCUGGUUUGCUAACUACCUCUCUCAAAGAAUGCAGUGUAUAAAGUCAGAACAUCUGCUGUCUCAGCCACUGCCUGUCGCCAAGGGUGUACCCCAAGGCUCGAUCCUAGGCCCCACGCUCUUCUCAAUUUACAUCAACAACAUAGCUCAGGCAGUAGGAAGAUCUCUCAUCCAUUUAUAUGCAGAUGAUACAGUAUUGUACUCAGCUGGCCCCUCCCCGUAUUUUGUGUUUAGCGCUUCACAACAAAGCUUUCUUAGUGUCGAACAAGCUUUCUCUACCCUUAACCUUGGUCGGAACACCGCCAAAACAAAGGUCAUAUGUUUUGGUAAGAAGAAUGUCCCUCUCCCCACAGGUGUGAUUACUACCCCUGAGGUUUUAAAGCUUGAGGUAGUCACCUCAUACAAGUACUUGGGAGUAUGGCUAGAUAGUACAUUGUCUUUCUCUCAGCACAUAUCAAAGCUGCAGGCUAAAGUUAAAUCUAGACUUGGUUUCCUCUAUUGUAAUCUCUCCUCUUUCACCCCAGCUGCCAAACUAACCCUGAUUCAGAUGACCAUCCUCCCAUGCUAGAUUACAGAGACGUAAUUUAUAGAUUGGCAGGUAAGGGUGCUCUCGAGCUGCUAGAUGUUCUUUACCAUUCGGCCAUCAAAUUUGCCACCAAUGCUCCUUAUAGGACACACCACUGCACUCUAUACUCUUCUGUAAACUGGUCAUCUCUGUAUACCCUUCGCAAGACCCACUGGUUGAUGCUUAUUUAUAAAACCCUCUUAGGCCUCACCCCCCCCCUAUCUGAGACAUCUACUGCAGCCCUCAUCCUCCAUAUACAACCCCGUUCUGCCACUCACGUACUGUUAAAGGUCCCCAAAGCACACACAUCCCUGGGUCGCUCGUCUUUUCAGUUCACUGCAGCUAGCGACUGGAACAAGCUGCAACAAACACUCAAACUGGACAGUUUUAUCUCAAUCUUUUCAUUCAAAGACUCAAUCAUGGACACUCUUACUGACAGUUGUGGCUGCUUUGCGUAAUGUAUUGUUGUCUCUAUGUUUGUAAACUGUGCUGCUGCCAUGUUGUGUUGCUACCAUGUUGUUGUCAUGUUGUGUUGCUACCAUGCUGUGUUGUCAUGUGUUGCUGCCUUGCUAUGUUGUUGUCUUAGGUCUAUCUUUAUGUAGUGAUUUUGAUUUAGAUUUUUAAUCCCAGCCCCCACCCCCACAGGAGGCCUUUUGCCUUUUGGUAGGCCGUCAGUGUAGAUAAGAAUUUGUUCUUAACUGACUUGCCUAGUUAAAUAAAGGUUAAAUCAAUUUUUAUUUUUAUUUUUUUAAGUCUGACAUUUUAAAGUGGAAAUUACAAACUUUGGAAGCGUUUUAAAACCUUGAAUACACUACAAGUUUGCGUUUCCUGCUGAGCAGGAAAAUUCUCAGCAACAAAAGAGUGAUCAAAUUAAAAUCCUAUAAUCUGCAUUUAUGUUUUUUUUUUAAUCAUUGAGGUGUUGAUGUUAUUGAAAAGGAAUUCAACUUGUAACAUACAGUAUCUUGUCAUAUAUUUGUAAAAUACAUGGUUAGAUCAUUUAUUUGUGUCAAUAUCAGUGUUCUAUUGUAAUUUGUGUUAGUUUGAUAUUUCUCAAAACAACAACAUAUGAGUAGUAUGUAAUAACGAUGUUCAAUAUGUAACGGAUGUGAAAUGGCUAGCUAGUUAGCGGGUACGCGCUAGUAGCGUUUCAAUCAGUUACGUCACUUGCUCUGAAACCUAGAUGUAGUGUUGCCCCUUGCUCUGCAAGGGCUGCGGCUUUUGUGGAGCGAUGGGUAACGAUGCUUCGUGGGUGACUGUUUUUGAUGUGUGCAGAGGGUCCCUGGUUCGCGCCCGUGUUGGGUCGAGGGGACGCCGUAAAGUUAAAACUGUUACAUUGAUGCUGUUGACCCGGAUCACUGGUUGCUGCGGAAAAGGAGGAGGUUGAAAGGGGGGUGAGUGUAACGGAUGUGAAAUGGCUAGCUAGUUAGCGGGUACGCGCUAGUAGCGUUUCAAUCAGUUACGUCACUUGCUCUGAAAUCUAGAUGUAGUGUUGCCCCUUGCUCUGCAAGGGCUGCGGCUGUGUGUGUGUGCUUGCACACCUGCAUCUGAUGCCCUCUGCUGAAGAUACUCUGUGUUCAUUUGAUAUGACAUAUCACUUUCCAGGUAACAGCUAAUGCAGACAUGUUGCCCUAAAGCAGAUGAAUUUUGUGACUUGUUGUCUUUCCUGUUGUGUAAUAUACCGUGUCACUGUUAAAUUGGAGAGAAUGCGAUGUCAGUCACUCAGGAUCACCUCAGGAUAUUAUGUGUGGUUAUCUUGACACCUGGACUCAACAUUGUCUUGCUAUCAUAUUGUCAAUUUGUCAGUGUUUAAACGAAGACCAAUGACCGUAUUUUGGCUUUGCUGCAAGUUUAAUUUCACAUUUUCAAUAAAUUCUGAAACGUU